UCCCGUCUCUAUCUCUCUCUCUCUUUUGCAGGACCACAACAACCACGGGCCGCCAACCCGCCACCAGGUUUGGUUUGGCUUUUCCAAAACGUGUGUGUGUCUGCGGAGGUCCGCCAUGAGGGACUACUCGACCCAUACGAGACAUGAAGGCUCCUGUGUGGCCUGCUGCCAAGUUUGUGUCUUCUUCUUCACUGCAGUCCUCAUCGUCGCAGAGAGGGCGGCGCUGAUCUACUGUUUUGUGUACUAUCUGUGGGUGGGUCACAACUACUGCUACGCCCAUCUGGCUGGCUUCACUGCACUCUUCCUUCUACCAGGUUGGGGUCCACAGUGGCUCAGCUACCUGUGGUACCUCUCAGAUGGACGGAUCCGCAGAAAGUCUCUCACCUGGACUCACAUACUGCACUUGGGUAUCUUCAAAAGGUUGUGGGAGUGCAUGCGUCUUUCAGACAUGGACGUGUACGGAGAGAUCAUGCAGCAGGCUGACGUGUCCGCCUUACGCUUGCUGGAGGCCUUGGUGGUCACCCUCCCCGAAACACUGCUACACACAUACGUGCUCAUCUGUACUGAUAUAGGCAUCAAAUCUCCAGCGUCAGUGUGUUUUGCGGUGUGUUUGUUAUCUCUGGCCUGGGCGUUGGUCCUGUACGCUCGAGCAUGUCACCUCAUCAGACCAGGACACCUGCAAAUGACCCCGGCAGCCAUCUUCUGUCGGCUCCUAUGGAGGGUCAGUAUGUUGGGCUCACGAUUCGGCGUCCUCAUGCUUUUCACGCGAGUCUUCAAACAGUGGGUUCUUGGUGUUAUAGGUGUGCACUGGUUGGGGACAACAUUUUGGAUGGUUUCUCAGCAGACUGACAUCAUACGUUCAACUAGUCGAUGGAGACUCUUCAAUCUGGUCCUUGGAGCCAUCCACAUUUUCUUCUUCCUCAACGUGAAGUACGGUCCAUCACGCUUCCGCAUGGCUGGCUUCUAUCUGGUAAUGUUUUUAGAGAACAUUUUCCUCCUGCUGGCCUCGUCCUGGUUGUUCAGCAUGGUGUCAUGGGAUACGGUGGCCAUCCCGGCCGCGGUCCUCUGCAGCUUCCUUAUCGGUGUGAUCUCGUUGGUGCUGUACUAUCGCUUCCUUCAUCCCAAAUCCUUUGAGAUCUUCCAGAGUAUUCGCCGCAGGGGGAUCAGCGGCGCCUGCAUGGAGAGUGGAUCCAUACUCUCGUUGGAGGAGAAAGUCACGCCUACUUUCCAUCGCCAUGCAACACUGUCUGGAGGUGGCACCCUUAUGGACCUCCCGCUCCAGUGGGAGGGCUGGAGGCAUCAUCACUGGCUGCUGAUUCGUUUGGCUCUAAAGACAGGAGACGUGCCCAAGAUCUGGUCGUUCUAUGGAGAAGGCGGUCUUGCUGGUCUCAUGGGUCUGUGUGAAGAGAUUCACUAUGGCAAUGAACCUCGUCGUGUACCUCAGGCUCCACGUGUCCCAACGCAGGUUCCUCAGGUCCUACAACCAGCCCCUCAGCCACCCCCACCUCAGGUGACUCCAGCUGCCCAGGAGAGAGAGGUGGCACCACCACCAAAGCCAGCUCUGACCAAUGUCAUAGCCAGACCUGUGAGAAAAGCUCCUCCCACAACAAUCCAUGAUAUUAGAAUGGUUCCAGAGAUCAUCCCGGUGCAUGAGGCCAUUCUUGAAGAGAUCACAGAGGAUUUUAGUGCUCCGCGGACAGAGGACAGAGGUGAUGACGAAUUUCAGAGCGCGAUUUACGGCUCACCUUCACUUUCAUCCCCUGCCCAACCGGGAAGCCUGCGCCAUGUUGACAGUAAUGCCGCCACCCUGACCGAAAAGUCGUCCUCCGCAGCUUCUUUGGACAUCAAGACCCCUGGCUGGUCACCUGAACGUCACUCCCCUCUCCUGAUCAGCUCCCCAGAGAAAAAAACAGGCACACCAUUAGAUCCUAACACGACCUCGUAUUUCAGCAUCGAUGCACCCUCUCCCUCCACUGGCAGCUACCUGGGCUGGGGGUCUGAGCUGUCACCCAUCUCCAUCUACAGAAGCCCCUACCGCAUCAGAGAAGCUCGUUUUGUUACCCCACGUCCGGAAUCCCGAGCUGGGGCAGAGAGUCCAAGUCUGGCCCCGGUUAUUAUUAUCCCUGCCACGCCCGGUACGACCCCACGUGCGACCCCUAGUGGGACCCCUGGUUCCAUUACCCCUGCCGCCUCCACACCCACCGCCUCCACCCCUGCUGCAUCCACUCCCGGUGCUGCAACCCCUGCUAGUGCCACUACACCCAGCACUCCGAUAGUCCCACUCACCCCGGUCAUCUCCCAUGCCCGAAAACAGAUGGUUCAGUUUGUGGACAGCAGAGAGAGGGCCGUGUAAGAAGGAUGAAAUCAACAGUGGUCACUAACCAAAAAAACAAAGUGCGAAGGCAAAGGAUGUAUCCAAAAUCCGAGUAUUUUGGUCACUUUUAAUUUAUUUAAUUUAUAAAAGCAGGUUAUGAUCAAAAUUCUCGACAUGAUUCUGUGCAGUUGUGCACCACUGUAAUAAUCAUAUGGGUUCAAUAGUAGAUAUCAAAAUUAACAUAAUUAUUAUGAUUCAUUGACACAACUCUGGGCCCAUGGAGUUGUUAAAUCCGGCCCACCGAGCAUUUACAUGAUCAAAAAUCCUGUCAUUGUUGGAUGACUAGUAAUUCAGCUGUGAAAUCCAUUUUAUAUUCAAUCCUCUCAUUAAAUAAUUGGUAAAAUGAUUUAAUCAUUUGACAUAUACAUUGAACAUAUUCAAUAGUUGGUUAAUUUGUCAUAAUUUAAUUAUAAAUAAUGAAAAAAU